AUGUUGCAGCUGCUGCUGUCUGGCAUAGUCCACUUCAACAAAAGACAUGUUGGAUUCUCGGAGCAGGAGAUCAAGACGAUAACGGCCAAUGUUCUGGAGAUGUUUUACAGUCAGGAGAUGAAGGAAGAGGAUAUUCAGCGGGCUCAGGAUGCAGUCCUUCUUCGGGCGAGCUGGGUGCAGAAAUGGAAAAGGCUCCUGGUGAAGGAGAAGGUCGCGGCGCAGAGAGAGAAUCGUGAUCCAGUGGAGGCGAUUGACACAGAGCCAGUUGUGGAGGCGAUAUUUUCGUCGUAUGCAGAGUGCAAGGACAAGAAGAUCACACCGAUUCUCUUUAUUGCGCUGCAUGUAUUCCGUCAAAACAACAGUUGGGCUACACUUGUGUCCGAAUCGGAUUGCCUGAUGGGAGUGGUUGGUCCCAUCUUGAAGGAAGUCAUGGCCGUCCAGCACGAGAUCAAGUUCACAUGUGCUAAUGCAUGCACGUCAGUGGGCAAAACUAUGAAGGCGCAGCUUCAGCAGGAUGGAUAA